AUACUGGAUUGAAAAGCCUGUCAUUCAGUGUCACGAAAAAAUUGAAACAUCAAAAAUGUUCAAGAAAUUAUUCUUAGCUUUUCUCGUAGUUUUAAUGUUCGGUUCUAGCCUGCAGCAAGCGGGUCUAGGGGGUCUUGGCGGAUAUGGGGCAGGAGCUGGCUCUGGAUAUGGGGCAGGAGCCAGCAUGGGUUUUGGUUUCGGUGGCAACGCCGGGGCUGGGGGCGGAGCUGACGGCGGAGCCGGUAGUGGCGGGCAAGGCGGAGCUGGUGCCGGAGCUAAUGGUGGUUUCGGGUUUGGCAUGAGCGGAGGCGCAGGGGCGGGAGGCAAUGGCGGCGGCGGCUGGGGCAAGAAGUAAAAAACCCUAGAAGAAUAGGUGUUAUAUGUGUUAGGAAUGUGUAAUAAAAAAUUGAGGAUUACAAAA